AUGUCUGAUUAUAUCCCUUUCCCUCCUGUGGAAACUGAAACCCUCCCCGAUAAUUUCCACGUUAUUUCUCGUGUCGGCCUUGGGAAUGUGACCACCUUUUCGUUUUCCGAAGACGAAGAUGAUGUAUACUACCUUAUAUACCACCAUUCCGAUGGUCUACACUACCGUUACGUGGCAUACAUACUGCCAUCGGUGGAAUCCGCAUUACAGCUGGGUGGCAAUGGAAAUCGACCUCCAAGUUGUUUUAUCUUGUUUCGACAAGGUAUACAAACUGGGGUGCGGUCCCUGGGUUUGAGGAUCGACCGCGCCUCCCUGUCUCGCGUGAUCAAAAACAUCUGGGAUGAUCUCAAAUCAGCGGACCAUGAAUUAAUUGAUCAUCUCAAAAAGGUCUGGUCUCAGGCCCUAAUUAGGUUCAACAGAACCAAUUUUACCAUAAGGUUUGCUCCCUACCCAGUGUUGAGGACACCGGCGGUCGGCAACCCAUCGAGACCGUACGAAAGGUUGGUAAGCGACGAAUUCGAAGAACAAAUCGUUCGCGAACUGUUCUGCGGCGAUUAG